AAUUGUUAAUUUUACUCAAUAAAUUGUUGUCGUAAUAUGUUACGUUAAUUCACAAAACUAAAUCAAGAAUAAGGAAUAACACACUGGCCAUUUUCUUUCGGUUGUUGACAAAAUUACUGCCAAAUUAUUUUUGAUAAAAGAUAUAAGAAUAAUACUUUGUUUCUGCACUAGACACACUUUAGAUGACAUUUUUUCCAAAUUGUAAAAAUGUUUUGUAUGAAAUGUGGUUGCGAACUUCUUCAGGGCUGUGAUUAUUGUGGCAAAUUUUUUCCAUGUUUCCUACAAGUCGAUGAACAAAAGCCCGAAAUAAAUGCCUAUAACGUGAAACCGGCUCCAACCAUGAUAAUUGAUAUGAAUAAUGAUCAAAAAGCUGCCGUGUCGAAAGAGUCCUCCGAGUCAAUGUCUACAACAUCAAGCGUUAAAACAUCAGAUCUGAUUCGAGCUUUACAAACUCAUGAAGUCCAUGAGCCAUUUAAAUCUGAUCAAGGAAUAAAGGUAGAGAACCAUGAAACUCUGUUUGUAGAUACUAGGGAUGAACAAAAGCUAUCAGAAGGAGCAACACCAAAGGCACGUAAUAUUCAUGGUUUCAAUUCAAAGUUAUUUGACAACAUAGACACUACCGGAUUUCCUCGUACCGUAUUUGCGUCAGCCCCACAAUUGAAUAAACCAAAGGAUCUUAACAGCUCAUCAAAACAAUUGGAAGUGAAUUCGAAUCAAGCAAGUUUGACUAAUCCUCAUGCUACAUUUGUGAAACCCGGGCUAGUCAAAGCAAUUCGAGAUGAAAUAGAGAAUGGGACUGUUCACAAAUCCAAAACGGUGGCUUGUGGUGUCGACAUAUAUAAUUCAGAGAAAAAUCACUCCAUUUGCUUGACGAAGUCAAUACAAACACAGAUUUAUGAGAAUGAGAAAGCAGUUUCCCUCCAUUUAAGUGCUUUGAAUACAUGCAGUUGUGGGCAUUUAUUGAAUUGCAACCAGAAUGUCUAUAAAGUGUUGGAAAGCACAUGUACAACAACAACAGUUCAUCUGGAUAAAAAUGUUGAAAAUAUCAAUACGGUGAAGCGUGAGAAAAAAAUGCCAGCAUCAUUGUAUGAGGAGUUGACCGCAGCUGUUAAAUUACGUAGGACUAGACAGAUCAAUAAAAUUUCACCAUCCGAAUGCGCCUUCUUAUUAUCCAAUUCAAAGACUUCAUGCUCAGCUGAUGGCGAAACUAAAAUGUUGAUAGGUCAAGGACCUGUAACUGAUGUAGAGGAGUUACCAACAACUACCACAGCACAUUUAGAAGUAACAGAGCAUAAGAUAGCUAAUAUUGGCUGUAUUGCUUCUGAAGGAGCUAACGUUAGCCGCAUUCUAGAGUCCUCAUUCAAAACAGAUGGAUUUAGCACUAUUCCUCCAUCUGCGGUUCAAAAUAAAUCAGUGUCCACACAAACAGACUUCAGCCUAGUUGAAGUUUACUACUUAAUGAUUCUAUCGCAUAUUUCAGAAGUAACUACUGCUCUGGUCUUGGCGCACAGUGGACAAUAAUUAUUGCCUGGAUAGUGAGCAUCUCUCCCCAACCAUUUUGUGAAAACUUUUAUAAUAACUUAAACUAAAAUUGAAACAAAAUCAUUAUUAUGUGUCCAAAUUAAAGAUGUGCAAUGAUGAACGAAAUAAAUAUUACAAUGCAUUUG